CGCGCUCUCUCUCUCCCUGUCGCUUCGCCCGCCCCAAGGUGCCUGUGCGGCGCGAGGCCGAGGCAGGAGCGGCCGCUCCUGGGCUGCCAGACAGUAUGAUGGUGGGCAAGACCAGCGCCAUCGCCGCGGGGCUCUGCGGGGCGCUCUUCAUCGGCUACUGCAUCUACUUCGACCGCAAGCGGCGGAGCGACCCCGACUUCAAGAACCGGCUGCGGGAGCGAAGGAAGAAACAGAAGCUUGCCAAAGAGAGAGCAGGGCUUUCCAAGCUCCCUGAUCUAAAAGAUGCUGAAGCUGUGCAAAAAUUCUUUCUUGAAGAGAUCCAGCUUGGUGAGGAAUUACUAGCACAAGGUGAAUACGAGAAAGGUGUCGACCACUUGACAAAUGCCAUUGCUGUGUGUGGACAGCCACAGCAGUUAUUACAAGUUUUACAGCAGACUCUUCCUCCACCAGUGUUCCAGAUGCUGCUUACUAAGCUCCCAACAAUUAGCCAGAGAAUUGUAAGUGCACAGAGCUUAGCUGAAGAUGAUGUUGAAUGAGAUCAUGACACACCAGAGAAAAACUAGUGAUUUCGUACCCCAGAAGAUGAGCAUCAGUGGGGGGAUAAAGAGGGCAAACAUCGUAGUUAAUGGACUAUGUACUACAUUGAAUCUACCAGAGUUAAUCUUUAACUUUGGAUAGGUGGGUCUGGCUGGAUUGUAUUUAUUUAUCCCAGUGAAAAGUGUAUUUUGAUUAAAAAAAAAAAAAAAAAAAAAAUCAUUUUAUAAAUACACUGUGUUGAGUUAUCAAAGUGUCACUAACUUCAUUACUAUUAAAAUAUGCAGAUGUAAUGUUGUACAUAGAAAGGUAUACAACUACUACAUAUUAAAUAUCCAAUGCUCAUUUUUGAAAAACAAAGUGAAGGCAAUAAAGAUUUAUCUGCAUCUGUA